AUGAGAUCAGCACAGUUUGUUACCCGCCAUCCAAUUGUGGAAUAUUACAUUACGGAUGCCUCGGAGGAUCAGGUGUUUGUGUGCGUCAAGCACAGCAACAAUGUGACAAACCUGUACAUAUCAGAGGUGGAGGGCCUGCGCUUUUCUCUUUCACUGGAGAAUGUGAUCUACAUCAAUCCUGGAGCAGGGAAGGAGACUCUGGCCAGGUAUCUGGAGAACGAGCCAUUUGCUGAUGUCCAUCGUGUGAAGGGUGUAAAGGGUGUAUAUAUUGCCAACGUGUUAAAUACGCCACCCUCCAAAGAGAACGUGGCUACCGUCAUCACCUUUGAUAAAGGUGGUACCUGGGAAUUUCUUUCGGCUCCAGGAUAUAACAGUUACGUGGACACCACCCAUUGCCCGAGCCCAAAGGACUGCCACCUGCACUUGGCACAGCCUCUCAGUCAGUUGACCUCCCAGGGCCGUGUCAUGCCCAUUGUCUCUAAGGAUUCCGCACCAGGGUUAAUCGCAGCGACUGGUUCUGUUGGGAGGGAAAUGAUCGGUAAAAUUAAUCUGUAUAUUUCCAGCAGUGCUGGCGUUCGAUGGAGGGAGUCCCUUCUAGGAUCGCAUUAUUGCACUUGGGGUGACCAUGGCGGCAUUCUGAUGGCGAUUGCUCAAGGUGUAGAGACCAACCAAAUAAAGUAUAGUACAAACGAGGGAGAAACGUGGAAAACCUUCAACUUCUCAGACAGCCCACUCAUUGUGUACGGAUUGCUGACUGAACCCGGGGAGAAAAGCACAGUGUUCACCAUCUUCGGGUCGUACAUUGGAGGAGGACACAGCUGGGUCAUAUUACAGGUCAACACAAGCGACGUCCUCGGUGUGCCAUGCACAGAAAAUGAUUAUAAAUUAUGGUCGCCCUCCGAUGAGCGAGGCAACGAGUGCUUACUGGGGAGAAAAAUAGUUUUCAAGAGACGAACACCACAUGCCACUUGCUUCAAUGGAGAAGACUUUGAUCGGCCAAUUACAUCCUCCAACUGCUCCUGUACUAGAAAAGAUUUUGAGUGUGAUUACGGCUUUAAACUCAAUCAAGACCUGAGAUUGGAGAACUGUGUCCCUGACCCUGAAUUUGCUGGGAAGCUGUACCCCAUACCCUCACCCUGCCCUGUGGGCACCACAUACAAGAGGAGCAGAGGUUACCGCAGGAUAUCUGGAGACACGUGUUCCGGGGGAGAUGUGGAGGCCCGACUGGACGGAGAAGAAGUCCCAUGUCCCGUAGGAGAGGAGAACGAAUUCAUCUUGUAUGCCAUGAGGAACGCCAUUUACCGCCAUGACCUCUCCUCUGGGGUCAGUGAGGAACUGCCACUAAAGGGUCUGCGGGGUGCAGUGGCUUUGGAUUUUGACUACGAAAGUAACUGCUUGUACUGGGCAGACGUCACAUUAGAUGUCAUUCAGCGUCUGUGUCUGAAUGGCAGCUCGGGGCAGGAAGUUCUUGUUCGAGUCGGGUUGGAAACCGUAGAGUCCCUGGCAUUCGACCCCAUUAGUCACUUGCUUUACUGGGUUGACGCUGGCAGUAAGAAAAUUGAAGUUGCCAACCCAGAUGGGGACUUACGGCUGACUGUUCUCAACUCCUCUGUCUUGGAAAGACCAAGAGCUCUGGCUUUGGUUCCUCAGGAAGGGUUGAUGUUUUGGACAGACUGGGGUGAUGAUCUACACGGUAUCUAUAAGAGUGAGAUGGAUGGUUCCUCAGUGAAACAUCUGGUCUCUGACGGAAUUAAAUGGCCCAAUGGUAUUUCCGUGGAUGAAAACUGGAUCUACUGGACUGAGGCUUACAUGGAUCGGAUAGAGAGGAUAGACUUCAACGGACAGCAGAGAAUGGUGAUCCUAGACAGCCUACCCCAUCCCUAUGCCAUAGCUGUGUUUAAGAACCAAAUCUACUGGGAUGACUGGUCCCAGCUAAGCAUUUUCAGGGCCUCCAAGUACAAUGGUGCCCAAGCAGAGGUUCUUAUUGGCCGGCUGUCUGGUGUCAUGGACAUGAAGAUAUUCUACAAAGGAAAAUGGAACGGUGAGAAUGCCUGCUCCUCCAUUCCUUGCAGCCUGCUGUGCUUGCCUAAAGCCAACAAAGGCCGAGUAUGUCGAUGUCCAGAUGGAGGGAAAGCCCAGAUGUCACCCACCGGGGAGGUGCAGUGUGACUGCCCACAUGGGUACCAGCUGAAAAACAGAACCUGCGUCAAGAUAGAGAACAGGUGUCUGCCCAGCCAGUACCACUGCAGUAAUGGAAACUGUAUCAGCAGUAUCUGGCAGUGUGACAACGACAAUGAUUGUGGAGACAUGAGCGAUGAGAGAGACUGCCCAACCACGUCAUGUGACCCAGAUACGCUGUUCAGAUGCCAGGAAUCGGGGACCUGUAUCCCACUGUCCUAUAAGUGUGACCUGGAGGAUGACUGUGGAGACAACAGUGAUGAAAGCCACUGCGAGGCACACCAAUGUAAGGACGAUGAGUUUAACUGUAGCUCCGGUAUGUGUAUCCGCCAGUCCUGGGUGUGUGAUGGGGACAACGACUGCAGGGACUGGUCCGACGAGGCCAACUGCUCAGCUGUCUCUCAUACCUGUGAGCCGUCCAGCUUCCAGUGUCACGAUAGUCACUGCAUUCCUCAGAGGUGGGUUUGUGACGGCGACUCCGACUGCCAGGACGGCUCUGAUGAAGAUCACAGCAUCUGUGAGAAGAAGUGUAAUGGUUUCAGCUGCAGAAAUGGGACAUGUAUCCCUCUGGGCAAACACUGCAAUGGUGUGAUGGACUGCCCUGACGGUGAAGAUGAGCAAACCUGCGAGCCCCUGUGUACACGUUACAUGGAUUUUGUGUGUAAGAACCGUCUACAAUGCUUGUUCCAUGCCAUGGUGUGUGACGGAGAGGCACAGUGUGGUGAUGGGUCUGACGAGGAUCCUGCAUAUGCUGGAUGUUCACGAGGUCCGGAGUUUAAAAAGAGUUGUGAUCCACUGAGCUUCUCGUGUCAGAAUGGCGUCUGUAUUAGCCUGGAGUGGAAGUGUGAUGGGAUGGACGACUGUGGAGACUACUCGGAUGAAGCAAACUGCGAGAAUCCUACAGAUACCCCUGCCUGUGCCCGCCUCUACCAAUUCCAGUGUGAGAACAGGCACUGUAUUCCCACACGGUGGAAAUGUGACGGGGAGAAUGACUGCGGGGACUGGUCAGAUGAGACGGACUGCGGGGAGAGUAUUCCACAAACCACUGUGAGACCUUCCACGUGUCCCGCCAACCACUUCCGCUGUGACAAUGGGGUCUGCAUCAUGAACACCUGGGUGUGUGAUGGCUACAAGGACUGUGUCCAUGGCUCUGAUGAGGAGGGUUGCCCUACAACUGUGAACUCCACAGUGCCUACUACCACAUCACACAGCCGCUGCAACCUCUUCCAGUUUGAGUGCCAGAAGUCAAAGUACUGUAUACCAAAGUGGAAGCAGUGUGACGGUGUCAGAGAUUGCCAAGAUGGAACAGAUGAGCUUCGCUGCCCCACUCACAGACCUUCUAACUGCAUGAACGGAACACUGUGUGAAGAUGGCGAGGCCUGCUUACCUCUGUCGGACCUCUGUGACGGCUUCCUGGACUGUUCAGACAGCAGCGAUGAGAAUAACUGUACUGAUGACAGUGUAGUAUACAAGGUACAGAACCUACAGUGGACUGCUGAUUUCUCUGGAAAUAUAACCCUGACCUGGGCUCGACCAAAGAAGAUGCCUCUGGCAUCCUGUGUUUAUUCUGUCUUUUACAGGGUUAUAGGGGAGAGCACAUGGAAGAUUGUAGAUACACACAGCAACAAGACAGCCUUUGUGUUAAAGAUCCUGAAGCCAGACACCACCUAUCAGGUCAAAGUACAAGUGCAGUGCCUGCGCAAAAUUCACAACAGCUAUGACUUCAUCACCCUGAGGACUCCUGAGGGGCUCCCUGAUGCACCUCAGCACCUCAACCUUGUGUUGAAUAAAAAUAUUCCCUUCACCAUCACUGGCUGCUGGUCCCCCCCCUGCAAACACUCAUGGGCUCAUCCGAGAGUAUGUGGUAAGUGCUUAUAUGAACAGAACCUUCUUAUAGAGUAA